AUGAAGGAGGAGGCGGAGGUGUACGAGAAAGUGCACCGUGCCAUGGUCACUGAGGAGGUGACGGAGAAGAGGGGUGGGCUAGCCUUCGGUCUGACGUUUUUCAGUCUUCCGUGUAUGCAGACAAUAAUGGAUCCCCGUUCUAGUGCCAAGGAUGUGCCCCGAUGUGACCUUUGUGAGACCGAUAUAGUACAAAACUACUGUGACUUUUGUCAUGCCAACCUCUGCACGCCAUGUGUAGGCAAGCACAUCUCAGAUGGAUAUGACAAACAUAAAAUAGUCCCUUUCCAGGAACGAGGGUCAACUCUUAUUUAUCCGAAAUGUGGAACACAUCAACACAAAAAUUGCGAAUUUCAGUGCAAAUCUUGCAACAAUAUUUUUAUUUGUUCUUCUUGCACUGCAUCUGAACAACACAGGGGACAUAUUUUUGUAGAUAUAUCAGAUGUUUACAAGGCACAUAAAGAAAAUAUUAAGAAGGAUACGGAAGACUUUUUAAAUCUUAUUUCUCCAACGUAUGAAGAAAUUGCAGGCGAUUUGGAAAAUCAGCUUGCCAACCUCGAUGGAGGAUAUGAAAAACUUACAACAAAAAUGUCAAAACAGGGAGAGCAAUGGCGCAAAGAAAUCGACAUCGUUGUCAAUGAAGUGAAGACUGAAAUCAGUGAAAUUAAAGUAAAUCAUAGAGACAUUCUACAGAAACAAUUAAGUGAACUCAAUCAGAUACAGUCUCUCCUUCAGCAAACACUGUUAGCUAUGAAAAAAAUUGAGAAAUCCACUGAAGUAUCUUCAAUCAUUGAAUACAGCUCUAAGAACAGAGAAUUCAGCAAGCUUCCACCCAAGGUUCAUGUAUCAAUGCCGACAUUCAUUCCAAAACCAAUAGACCACGAGAUGUUGUAUAGUUUGUUUGGACAGAUCCCCCCAUUAUCUACUGCUACCGAGGAAAAUCUCUUGUCACUAAAUCAAACGAACAUUUUAGUCAGAGAACUACUGGAUGAACCAAAGCUUGUUGCAACAAUACGGACUAAGUAUAAUAAUCUACGAAAUGUCACCUGUCUAAAUAAGGACAGGAUCUGGACUAGUGGAGAGACCAAAAAUAUCGAAUGCUUCAACACUAAAAGUUCACUCCUCCAGAUAAUCCAAAACAAAUCAGAAAACUUCCCCAGUGAUUUAGCUGUAGACAACGAUGGGAAUCUAAUGUAUUCCGACUGGUCAACAAAGACAGUAAAUAAGGUUAAUGAUGGACAGACAGGAGAGUUGAUCAGAUUAGAGGGAUGGACGCCUGUCAAUCUGUGUGUCACCUCUACUUGUGAUAUUCUUGUUACCAUGAAUAGUGAUGAUUUAACUCAAUCCAAAGUUGUUCGUUACUCGGGAUCUACAGAAAAACAAACAAUUCAGUUUAAUAAUGAAGGUAAACCUCUGUACUCAGGGAAUAGUUAUACUAAAUACAUAACUGAGAACAGAAACUAUGAUAUCUGUGUAGCUGACGGAUAUGCUGAUGUAGUAGUGGUGGUUAAUCAGGAUGGGAAACUCAGAUGGAGAUACACCGGUCAUCCCUCAGUUUUCAAGACCAAAUCAUUUGAUCCCUAUGGUAUCACAACAGACAGUCAGAGUCGUAUCCUGACAGCAGACGGUGGCAAUCAUUGUAUCCACAUUCUGGAUCAGAAUGGACAGUUUCUCCGUUACAUUGAUAACUGUGAUCUAAAGAAUCCUUUUGGUUUAUGUGUGGACAAUAAUGACAAUCUGUUUGUGUCUGAGUACUGCAAAGGCAAACACAGGGGGCAUAUUUUUGUAGACAUAUCAACUGUUUACAAGACACAGAAAGAAAAUAUUGAAAAGGAUACAGAAGAGUUAGUAAACCUUAUUUCGCCUACAUAUGAAGAAAUUGCAGGCGAUUUGGAAAAUCAGCUUGCCAACCUGGAUGGAGGAUAUGAGAAACUUACAACAACAAUGUCCAAACAAGGAGAGCAAUGGCACAGAGAAAUCGACAUCGUCAUCAACAAAAUGAAAACUGAAAUAAACGACAUAAAAGUAAAACACAAAGACAUUUUAAAGAAACAUUUGAAUGAAAUCAAACAGAUACAGUCACUUAUACAGCAAACGCUAUUGGCCAUGAAAGAAAUUAAGAAAUCCACUGAAGUAUCUUCAACCAUUGAAUACAGCUCUAAGAUUAGAGAUUUUAGCAAACUUCCACCCAAGGUUCAGGUAUCAUUGCCAACAUUCAUAUCCAAACCAAUAGACCAUGAGAAACUGUAUAGUUUGUUUGGACAAAUCACCCCAUUAUCUACUGCUACAGAAGAAAAUGUCUUGUCACUGAACCAACCCAACACUUCAGUCAGAGAACUACUGGAUGAACCGGAGCUUGUUACCACAAUGAAGACUGGGUAUGAAAAACUACGCAAUGUUACCUGUCUUAAUGAUGGUAGUAUAUGGACGAGUGGAGAGACCAAUGAUAUCAAAUGCUUCCACAGUAAAGGUUCACUCCUCCAAACUAUACAGACAAAUUCAGGAAAACCCCCUAUUGAUAUAGCUGUGGACAGUGAUGGGGAUCUACUGUACGUUAGUGGGCCAACAAGGACAGUAAAUAAAGUAAAGAAUGGACAGACAGAAGAGUUGAUCAGAUUACAGGGAUGGCAGCCUUGUAAGCUGUGUGUCACCUCUACUGGUGAUCUCCUGGUUAUCAUGUGCUGUGAUUAUAAAACUCAAUCCAAAGUUGUCCAUUACUCAGGGUCUACAGAGAAACAAACAAUUCAAUAUGAUGAUGAUGGUAAACCUCUGUACUCAUGGAACUAUAGCAGUAAAUACAUCAGAGAGAACAUAAACCGUGACAUCUGUGUAGCUGACUGUGAGGCUGGUGCAGUAGUGGUGGUUAAUAAGGACGGGAAACUCAGAGGGAGAUACACCGGUCAUCCCUCAGUUACCAAGAACAAACCAUUUAAACCCUUUGGUAUCACAACAGACAGUCAGAGUCGUAUCCUGACAGCAGACAGAAACAACCAUUGUAUCCACAUUCUGGAUCAGAAUGGACAGUUUCUCCGUUGCAUUGAUAACUGUGAUCUGGAGGAUCCUUAUGGUUUAUGUGUGGACAAUGUUGACAAUCUGUUUGUGUGUGAGAACAAAAAAGGCAAUGUAAAGAAAAUCAAAUAUUUGAAAUAGAGUCUAAAAUUUCUGAUUCUAGUGUCAGUUAAACAAGAUUCGUACACCACCAUUUUUCCAUUAAAAUAACCAAUACGGAUUUAUGUAGUUUGUUAACAUUUUACAACUAUUCAAACUGGUUCGCGACGAUUAAUUUUCGCGAUCUCGCCUAAUCCACAUGAGUUUUGUUAUUACAAUCAUUCGCCAAGGACUGGUCCGCGCGGCGAGGAAUAUUCGCGUCGAUGAGGCUCUCUUUCCUUGGUGAGUGAAUCUAUUUUGUUGUCAAUUAUUCUUUGUGGUUGGUGGUAAUGAAUACAGGUUCCCACUUAUAAGUGUUUCAAACAAUUGGUGAUCAUCACAGUGUUUGAUUAUCUUUUAAGUUUUUUUUAAUAUUCUUACACACUGUCGUUUUUUGUUCUUUUGUCAAAAUACGGGAUUUCCAUCGUCCAUCGUGCGUUAGGCCUUUUCAGUUUCAGAUAUUCUAUUAAAGCAGCAUAAACCGUCCCCGAAGA